AUGAAAGUUAACAUUUUUGUGCAAGUUUUUAUCGUGUGCUCUCUCUAUGAGCUGGUUGUGUCGCAGAGUGCUGCUGAAAUGGCUGCCUAUGCGGCGAAGCAGCAGGAGUGCAUCAAAGAGCUGAAAGUGCCGGCUGCCGAGGCGACACAAAUCGCAGCCCACAAGGAAGUCGCCAAUCCAUCCGAUGCGUACAAAUGCUUUCACGAAUGUCUAUACAAGAAACUGGGUCUGAUGCUCGCAGAUGGCAAGGCCAACAAUGAGAAUAUUGUGAAAUUUUCCAAGGCACGCUUCAAGGUGCCGGUGGACAAUAUCAAGGCCAAGUUGACUGAAUGUGGCACAACCGCGAAAAAAGGCGCCAACAGCUGCGAAACUGUCAAUAACUUGGAGGUCUGCAUGUCAAAGGCACUCGCAGCUUAA